UUAUGAGGGGUUCCCACCAUCCCUGUGCUGAGUCCCCGGGUCUGUACACCGGCUGUGCCCAUUGUGAGGGGUUCCCACCACCCCUGUGCUGAGUCCCCGGGUCUGUACACCCCCUGUGGCCAUUAUGAGGGGUUCCCACCAUCCCUGUGCUGAGUUCCCGGUCUGUACCCCCGCUGUGCCCAUUAUGAGGGGUUCCCACCAUCCCUGUGCGGAGUUCCCGGGUCUGUACCCCCGCUGUGCCCAUUAUGAGGGGUUCCCACCAUCCUUGUGCCGAGUUCCUGGGUCUGUACCCCCGCUGUGCCCA